GGCAGAGCAGGCACCAUUGAUCCUCAGCCAAAAACCUGCUGGAUUGAAGACUUGCGCUCGCCCCCGGCGAGCAAUGCUGACAGGCUGCUGCGCCCCGUCAAGCCAAUGGCAGAGACCACAGAGGACCGCGAGGAGUCCAUUGAGAAAGUGCGUGAAAAGUUGGAGUUCCUGCUGUCACGAGACAACCUGCAGGAGGACUGCUUCAUCCAGAUGAACAUGGACUCGCAGAUGCAGAUCCCAAUCCCGAUCCUGGCUGGCCACCAGCAGUUUGAGGAGAUGGGGCAAAUUGUAGACAUUGCUACUCUUUUCGAGGCGGCGCUUCGCUCCGAACAAGUCAUUGUUGACAAGGAGAGUAUGCAGAUCAAGCCCAUCUUGAAGAGCAAGCGGAACACGGUCAUUCUCCACGAUCUUCCGGAGGCAAUUGCUGAGGAGGAGCUGCGACACAAGCUUUUCAGUGACAGUUCCACUGGCAUCACUGACCCGUGUCGAAGCACAGUCGGCAGCUCAGGCAUGUUGAUGACGAGUGUGCCGGUCCUUGUCAUUCAACUGCAACUCUGCGCUUGUGCGGAUUUUAUUGCCAAACUGAGCUCAGCUGGAGCGGAUGGCCUUUGUGCACGUUUCCAUGAUUGCAGAACUUUGAAUGUCCAGAUGUCUGAGAACAGGUGGUUUGAUGACGGCGAGGUGCAGGCGAUUGCACCUGAUGGCUCCAUCACUGUGCGCUUUAACAAUUCUCGGCCGGCGAGUAAGGAGGUGCCCCAGCGCCAGGCUCACAAGGUCCUGCGCAAGCUGUCCGCGGCCGCCACGCGCCGCACGGAUCCGCGGGCCGUCCUCCGCCAGGCAAUUGGUACAGGCCUCGGGCCGCGUGACGCCAAGCGACGCUGCGAGAAGGUCUUCGCCCAGUGCGCGGCUGGUGGCCGGGCCCUCUCUCAGGGGAAUCUGAGCCAGUUCUUGCAUUCUCUGGGUCACGCCACCCGUGCAUCACUGCUCUCUGCGCUUUUUGCGCGUUCCGAAGAGAAGGACGAUGCUGUAGACUUCCAGAACUUUGCUUCCUGGGUCUACUCUGGACGUGGGCAGGCUGUGCAUCCGGCUCGGGGGGCCAUUCAAGAGGAUCCUGCAAAACGAGCAGAGGCUCCGGCUUGCGUCAGCAAGCCGGCUUACGAGGCGUUGAGCCCUGGCCGCAAGCGGAAGGCCGAAGCUCCGGGAAGCGCAAACCUGCCGCAGAAGUGCAGCAGGCUCAAGGAGGUUCCUGCAAGCAAGGGAAGGCAGAUCUUCGCGGGAUGUGCUGUACUGGUCUGCGGCCGAGGAGGCACCGCCAUGUCUUCCACACGGAAGCAACUGCUAGAGGCUCGAAUUUGCGAAGCUGGAGGCUCUCUUCGCGAGUCCUGGGACGACGCAGUGACACACGUGGUGGUAGCGGGCCAAAUGCCAAGGGCCGUCUUGAUGCAGGACUACCCAGAUGCCAGACAUGGUCCCGGUUUUCAAGCUGUCGUCACGGAUGCCUGGGUCAGCGAGUCUCUGAUCCUACAACGCCGACUACCAGAGGGGCGCUAUGUGUGGCGACCCUUGAUGGAGAGCGAUGGCGGCGUGCCAGCAAAGCAGGAAGGAGACUCCACGCAAUCGCUCAUCAAGAAGGAGAAACCUCAGGCUGCCAAUCCGAGGUGGGGUGUCUUUGCUUCGCCAGAUGACCUGCGUGCAAAGAUCGUGGAAGAGUUCCGCACCUGCGCUGCAGCUUGGGCAGUGCGUGGCGACAAGUGGCGUUCCUGGCAGUACAAGAAGGCAGAGCAGCUGGUUGCCCAGCUGCGCGGCACGUUGCAGCGGGAGGAGCUCUCCCAUUCUGGGCUGACGCCAAAGUUCGUGCAGAAAUGCCAGGAGAUCCAGGAGAAGGGCUGCCUGCAGCAGGCAGACGGUUUCCGGAAGGAUGCGGACGUCCACUCGCUGUUAGAGAUGACCAGGAUACACGGUGUCGGCCCCGCGCUGGCGCAGACAUGGCUCAGGUGCGGUGCACGUUCGAUUGCAGAUGUCCGCCUGCGUGUGGAUUCGCUGCCGGGUACUGCCGGUGGCCCCGCGACGGGAUUGACAAAGGCUCAGCGUUUGGGACUGCGUUUCGUGGAUGAUUUCCAGGUGCCGAUCUCCCGCUCGGAGGUGGAGCGCGUGCACUGCGCGGUGCAGCGGGCCGCCGAGGCUGCCAACUGCUUUGCGACAGUGGUCCCUUGCGGUGCCUACCGCCGUGGAGACGUGCUAUGCUCGGGGAUGACGCUGGUGGUGUGUGUCGAAGGCGACGGUCCAGUGGAAUCCGAUGCUGCCGCAUAUCUUCUUGCGAUGGAGUCUGGCGGCGUGAUCGUUGCCGAUCUUAGCAAUAAUGCUCCGCACUCCCCGAAACCUGUCAGGGUGCCUGGGGAUGAUGACCCAACAGGCUCGGCCCAGGCAUGCCUCUGUGUGGUACGGGGCUGUCCCAUCGAAGGAGAGCCCAUGAGAUACAGGCGGUGCGACUUUGUGUUUUGCCGCCGCGCUGGCCUGCCCUUCAUCACUCUUCAGUGGACCGGAAGCGAUGGGGGCCUUUUCAACAGGGAGAUGAAGCGCAUUGCAGCACUCCGCGGACUCCACCUCUCGCACACUUACAUGUGCAAGGCUGAUCGAGAAGGCGCUCGUGGUCGCCAGGUGGGAGAGAUUUGUCGUGCUGGUGCCAAAAUGGAAUGUCCCGAUGAACGGGCCAUAUUUGCCGCCAUUGGUCUCUCGUACAGGCCGCCAGAACGGCGAGAAGUGGAUGCUGAGCUUUUGGCUGCAGUGGAAGAGGCAGCGCGCGAGGCCCCCGAGGCUCUCCGCCAGGUCAAGCUGGAGCUACAUGGCCUAGAGCCAAUUGAGAGCACCAGACUGUCAAGCCUGAAAUGCCCGAAGCAGUCGACUCGCCGCGAGGAGCUGCACAACUUGUUCGAGAAGUGUCCUGCAGCGGAGUCCCUGGUGUCGAUCAAGCCUGAUGUUAACAACACGGCUUUCGUCGCCUUCAAAUCCGACAUGGAUGCAACGGAUGCAGCUUUGUGGCUCAGAUCCCAGAAGCUUCGGGGGAAAGGAGUGAAGUGCUCCAUCAAGUCGGAACAGUUUCUGCGCAGCUUCUUUCCGAUGCAGCCCAUGCCCGGCUUUCCGACCCAUGGUGUACCUCCGUGGGCUGCCGCGAUGAACUACCAGGUGUGGAAUGCCAAUGCUUCUGGUGGCUGGGUCGUUCCCGGACAGCCCACCUGGAUGUCUCCACCUGAUGUGGGCAAGGAUGGAAAGGGCAAGGGAAAGGACGUUGCGGACAAGGGACUCUUCAAGGGCAAAGGCCUGAUGAAGGGUACCGACAAAGGCAUGGACAAGGGUGUGGACAAGGGCGGCGACAAGGGCCACAAGGGAAAAGGCAAAGGACUACCUAGCAAGGGCUUCGACAUGGGCUUUGACAAGGGGUUCGACAAGGGGUUCGACAAGGGAAAAGGCAAAGGAAAGGCUGAGGCGAAAUCCCGCUCCAUGAGCAAGGGAGAAGCUGAUUUUCAGGCUUUCCAGAGCCCGACCGACAUUGGCAAGGGCGCUGACACCGAUGACGAGAAUCUUGGGUACCAGCAUGACUUCCGGCGGUACAGCAGACAGCAGAUCGUUGAGAUUUGCAGCAAGAUGGAAGUUGUUGACAAGCCAGAAAGCUACAAGAAGAUAGAAGCCAAGUUCCCAGACUUGGCACUCUUCAGCGACACACCCAACAAGGAUUGGGCACCGCUGCCAACUCCUGUCGACAGCUUCCUCGGUUCUGAAAGCCGCGGGACCAGGACUGGGACUGGCGAGGACAGCGACCUCGACGCAGCACCCAGGGGCCGUGGCCGCAAGGAGCGGAAUAAUAAACUCCAUCUCAGGGAGGAUGACUGUGUGUGGACGAGUUCUCCUUAA